AACUCAAAAUAUUGAUUUUAACCCACAAGUGUAAGAAGCUUCUUUGGAUUAUCAUUUUCAUUAGUGAUAAGUUCAAACUUCAAAGCAAUAUUCCUAUAUAUACCCACCUCUAUCUGUCUUUCUCCAACAAAUAACUUACCGGGGUCUCUUCAUAUCUCUCUGUGAUUUGGGGAGAGAAACAUGUCAAAAGUUCAUAUCAUUUUGAUGAGCUAUCUGCUGGUAUGCUGCUAUGCAGCAUUAGCAGAAGCUAAAUAUAUGAAGUAUAAAGAUCCAAAGCAGCCGAUAAAUGUUCGAAUUCAGGACCUAAUGGAUCAAAUGACCUUGGCGGAGAAGAUUGGCCAAAUGACACAGAUUGAACGCAGUGUUGCAUCGGCUGAUGUGAUGAAGAAAUACUUCAUUGGGAGUGUAUUAAGUGGUGGAGGCAGUGUUCCAGCUAAACAAGCUUCUGCACAGACUUGGAUUAACAUGGUAAAUGAAUUUCAAAAGGGUGCUUUAUCAACAAGACUUGGAAUUCCAAUGAUUUAUGGUAUUGAUGCUGUUCAUGGCCACAACAAUGUCUACAAAGCAACAAUCUUUCCUCACAAUAUUGGGCUUGGAGCUACCAGGGACCCUGAACUUGUCAAGAGGAUUGGAUCUGCAACAGCAUUGGAAGUCAGAGCUACCGGCAUUCCAUAUGUUUUCGCACCUUGCAUUGCGGUAUGUAGAGAUCCGAGAUGGGGACGAUGUUAUGAAAGUUACAGUGAAGAUCCCAGCAUUGUUAAAGCCAUGACUGAGAUAGUACAUGGACUACAAGGAGAUGUCCCAGCUAACUCUCCAAAGGGUGUACCUUUUGUUGCUGGAAAUAAAAAAGUUGCAGCUUGUGCUAAACAUUAUGUGGGAGAUGGUGGAACAACAGAAGGCAUAAAUGAGAACAACACUCAGGUAAACAGACAUGGCCUGCUCAGCAUUCACAUGGCAGGCUACUAUGCCUCAGUUAUCAAAGGAGUGUCAACUGUCAUGGUUUCCUACUCAAGCUGGAAUGGAGUGAAGAUGCAUACUAACCGUGAACUUAUAACCGGUUUUCUUAAGAACACGCUUCGUUUCAGGGGUUUUGUCAUAUCAGAUUGGGAAGGUAUUGACAGAAUCACCACCCCACCUCAUGCCAACUAUUCAUACUCUAUACAAGCAGGAAUCAGUGCAGGCAUUGACAUGAUCAUGGUUCCAGAAAACUAUACAGAAUUCAUAGACGGUCUAACAUUCCAGGUGAAAAAUAACAUCAUUCCUAUGAGUAGAAUCGACGAUGCUGUGACGAGAAUUUUGCGCGUUAAGUUUGUGAUGGGUCUCUUUGAGAAUCCAAUAGCCGAUAACAGUCUGGUCGACCAGCUCGGAAGCCAGGAACAUAGAGAAUUGGCUAGGGAAGCUGUGAGGAGAUCGCUUGUGUUGCUCAAGAAUGGUGAAUCUGCCGAUAAGCCAUUGCUACCACUUCCUAAGAAAACAUCAAAAAUACUUGUUGCUGGAAGCCAUGCAGACAAUCUAGGUAAUCAAUGUGGUGGAUGGACAAUUCAAUGGCAAGGAGUCAGUGGUAACAACCUUACAAUUGGUACUACAAUCCUCACUGCCAUCAAAAAUACCAUUGACCCUAGCACCAAGAUCGUCUACAAGCAGAACCCUGAUCCUGGCUUUGUCAAGUCCGGCGAUUUCUCCUAUGCCAUUGUUGUUGUAGGAGAGCCACCAUAUGCAGAGACUUUUGGUGACGGUAUGAAUUUGACAAUCUCUGAACCUGGCCCUAGCACCAUCAAAAAUGUAUGUGGAGCUGUGAAAUGUGUGGUUAUCGUAGUCUCUGGUCGUCCUGUCGUAAUUCAACCAUACAUCGACACAAUGGAUGCUCUAGUUGCUGCCUGGCUUCCGGGAACUGAAGGCCAAGGUGUUGCUGAUGUUCUGUUUGGUGACUAUGGUUUCACCGGCAAGCUUUCCCGUACUUGGUUUAAGACUGUUGAUCAGCUGCCCAUGAAUGUUGGGGAUAGACACUAUGACCCCCUCUUCCCAUUUGGAUUUGGCCUCACUACAGAACCAACCAAGGCUAACUAGGUUGGACAUUUUGGAAUUGUGUACUUCUCCUUAUUUGUUGGAGAUAUUCCCAUCUAGUGUGCACUAAUUCAUGAUUAGUUCACUAAAAAAUGAAUAAAGAACUCAUUAAUAAGGGUGUGAAAGUUAA